AUGCCUAUGCUCCCUCCCACCAUACAAUCUGACGAGGCAUCAUCGCUGGCACUCCAAUGGCGCCAACAGUACUUCAACCUCAACGCUACCCGUGUUGAAGCCAACCAGGGCGUUGAGCCUUUCGACACUACACUAGGCCGGGCUUUGGACCAUGUGCUCAGCCACAAAUUUUCGCAUCUAGCAUCACACUUCGAUACUGAAGCCUUGAGUAAGGCAAUCCGUGCGUUCCACAAUCAGAAAGCGUGGCCUGAUGUCGCUGCCGCGUUGCAAGCUCUCCGCUCUGCUGGACUAGAGACCUUCGUUCACGCAAAUGGGAGCACACGUCUGCAACUUGAUAUUGUCGCUUCUUCUGGUUUGAACCCAGAGUUUAAUAUGCUCUUCUCGUCCGAACUGCUUGGACUGUACAUGCCUGCUCCGGAAGCAUACCACAAGGCCCUCCGGCUGAUCGAUGCUCAGCCUCAUGAGGUAGUCAAGGUGGCGGCACAUGCGUGGGAUUUGCGUGGUGCGAAGGAGUUGGGAAUCAAGACGGUGUACGUUAGGCGGUGGACGGACGAUGUUGAAGAGGAUAUGGAUGCGCUAAGACACGAAUUCGACGGGCUCUUGGAGAGCAUGGAGGGCCUGCCCGGUGAGAUUGAGCGACUGAAUGUCGUAAGAUAG